AUGAAGAAAAAACAAAGGAUCAGACCUGCACAGUGGAGGAAACUCCAUCAUCAGGAUCACCAGAAAGAAAUUCUUAAUUUAUGUAUUUCUCUGUUUCAGCAAAUCACUGCACGCCUGUGUCUGGCUGCCUUUGGAGCUGUUUUGGGUUCUUUUCAGUUUGGUUACAAUACAGGGGUGAUUAACUCACCAGAAUCUAGCAUAAAGAUGUUCAUGAAUGAGACAGAGUAUGCAAGAAGUGGCGGAGGUAUGUCCGAGAACAAGACCACCAACAUGUUCGCUCUCAUCGUUUCCAUUUUUGCUGCUGGUGGGUGCUUUGGUGGCUUGAUGGCAGGAUGGUGGGCGAACUACUUUGGCAGAAAGAAAGGUCUGCUGCUGAAUACUGUCUUUGGCAUUGUUGCUGCUCUCCUGAUGUACUUCAGUCGGCUAGCAGACUCCUACGAGAUGAUUAUUGUUGGCCGUUUUGUUGUUGGAUUUAACUGUGGUCUCUACACCGGUCUGUCGCCAAUGUACCUGUUUGAAAUAUCCACACCCAAUAUCAGAGGUGCCCUCGGAGUGCUGCACCAGUUAGGUGUCACUGUAGGAUUGCUGGUUUCUCAAGUCCUGGGCUUCUCAGAGAUCUUUGGGAACUCCAGCUUUUGGGACCUCCUGUUGGGUCUAACAGUUGUUCCCUGCCUCCUGCAGCUAGUCAUCCUUCCAUUUUGUCCGGAGAGUCCCAGAUACUUGCUCAUUUCUAAACAUCAAGAACGGGAGGCCAAAAUAGCUCUGGUGGCCCUUCGUGGAACUUCUGAUGUUGAAGAUGAUCUCAGUGAAAUGAAACAAGAAGAGAAGGCACAAAGCAGAGAGGAGAAGGUAACUGUUUUCAGCCUGUUUGUCAGACGGUCCUUCCGGAUGCCUCUGAUGAUCGGCAUUGUGAUGCAGUUGUCACAGCAACUCUCUGGAAUUUGUGGGAUUUUCUACUACUCUGCCAGCCUGUACAGAGAUGCAGGACUUGAUCCAACAACUGCCAACUAUGCCACAAGUGGUGUGGGUGUGGUUAUGGUUGUCAUGACACUUGUCACCAUUCCUUUGAUGGACAGGGCUGGGAGGCGGACCUUGCAUCUGAUUGGCCUGGCCGGGAUGUUUGUGUUCAGCAUUUUGAUCACAGUGACAUUAGUACUGAGGCAAACAGUCUCAUGGUUCAACAUACUCAGCAUUGUUGUCUCUUUGCUGUACGUUGUCUUCUUCGCACUUGGCCCAGGGUCCAUCCCAUGGUUGAUUGUGGCGGAGCUGUUUAGUCAGGGUCCGAGGGCUGCUGCCAUGUCUGUUGCUGUUCUAGUCAACUGGAUUUCCAAUUUUAUUGUUGGUUAUUCAUUUCCUCAUUUACAGGGUGCACUAGGAAACUACGCGUUCGUCCCAUUCUCUGCACUUCUCCUGCUGUUCUGGCUGUUCACAUUCUUCUACGUCAAAGAAACCAAAAAUAAAACCUUUGAAGAAGUAUCAGCCAUGUGGAAGAAGCCAGAUACAGAAUCCACUCAAGUGGAGACCGAAAACACACAGCUGGUCAUGUAA